UUAUUAUUAUUAUUAUUAUUAUUUUAUUAUGAUGAUACAAUCAUCAAUUAAUAUGAAAUUAUCAUCUAUAAACCGUUCAACUCAAGUGAAUGAAAUAUUAUCAAGUUGUUUAGUUGAUGCUCAAUCAUAUACAUGUCAAUCUAAUGAAAAAUUAAUUCAACAUAAUGAAAUAUUUAAUCAAAUUGAAACUUAUAAAAAUGUCACCUUUAUUGAUUUAGAUGAUAUACAAUUAACUAAUAAUCAAUUAUUAGAUAAUUUAAUUAAAGAAUCAUUUCUAUGUUCUAUAUGUCGUGGUCUAUUAGUUCGAACUCGUUUAUUAUCAUGUGGUCAUCAAUUUUGUCGUGAAUGUUUAUAUUAUUGGUUUAAAAUACGUAAUACAUGUCCAUUAUGUAGAAAAUAUGUAAAUAGAAAUAUAUCUGCAAUAAAUAUUGAUAAUUUUUUAGAUGAAUUAAUUGAACAUGGAUCUAAUGAAGCAUUAAAAUAUCAACGUAAACAACGUAAAAUUGAAAAAGCAAGUGAAUUAUUAGAUUAUAAAUUAGAUAUAAAUAAUUCAAGAGAUAUAUUACAUACUGUUACAGAGACUUAUGUUCAAACUACAGCAUAUGUUGAUAGUACACAAAGUAACGUAAUGACAGAUAGAACAACUUACUACUCAAAUAUGAAUGAAUAAAAUUGAUAAAGAAUAGGCAAUAAUCAUUAACAAUUUCACAUAUUUUUUUGUUUUAUUUGACAUCAUCUAUGCAUAAUGAAUAAAUAACUACGUAAAUAUGAAUUUCUGAGUUUGUUCUUUUUCUUUUUAAUUAUGUAAAUGUUGACAUAGCAACAAGCUUGUCAAUAUAUGUACUGGUUAAUUAUGAAAAAUGUGAUUGAUUCAUGAGCUGAAAAUAAUAUAUUCUCUGAGUAAUUACUUAAUCACCAUUGUUGUCAAAUACAUCACAUCAUCUAACUGAUUGUAUACAAUUUCGAUUGUAAACAAGUCAAUGAGAAAAGACCGUUU